GUUAUGGUUGGAAAGUUGGUGAUGGCGAGGCUUGUGUUGGCCAUGUGUGCAUUGAGCUCUCUCCUUCUGACAACCUCGGCACAGACGUGCAAGAACCAAACCUUCACCAACAACAAGGUGUUCACCUCAUGCCGCGAUCUUCCUCACUUAACCUCGUACCUCCACUGGACCUACGAGGAGAGCACAGGGAAGUUGGAGAUGGCGUUCAGACACGGUGGAAUCAACGCCACAGAUAGGUGGGUUGCAUGGGGUAUCAAUCCGAACAACAACCUGAAUUCAGCUAUGGUUGGAGCACAGGCUCUGGUGGCUAUCUCACAAUCUGGUGGGGCCCCAAGGGUGUAUACUUCUUCCAUCGCCGGUUACUCAACCCAGUUGGCAGAGGGAAACAUCUCUUAUGCUAACUCGGGUUUGACGGGUACCCGUCAAGAUAGUGAGAUCACUAUUUAUGCUACUCUCACUCUUCCAAACGGUACCACCACUUUGGUCCACCUUUGGCAAGAUGGUCCUCUCUCUGCUUCCACUCCUCAACCCCAUUCAAUGGCUACUUCUAACCUCCAAGCCAAGGAAACCUUGGAUCUUCUCUCUGGUUCCAGAUAAGAAGAUCAAGUGAAACAAGAAUAAAUGUAACAAUAACCUGAGGAGUUCACCCAUACAUUCUGUUCCUUAUAGGAAUUUCCUGCAGGCAGAAGAAUAACAAAUAAUCCAAAACGACAGAUACAUCACUUGUGUAGCACAGAAUAUCUAUAUCCCACGAUGAAGUGGUUUUUUUAUUUUUAUUUUUAUUUUUAUGAUUCAAUAUUAUAGUUGUUAUAUUUGCAAACUAAAAAUAAAUAACAUUUAAUCUCUGUAUACAUAUAUAUUAUAC